GCCUCCAACCGGCGAGAUAUUUUGCGAGGCAACGCCAAGCAAAACCCUAGCCGCCGCCUUCUUCCUUUCUUAAACCCCAAGCCGCGCCUCCGCCCCUUUCAUUCUUCCCCAUUCCGCCGCCUCUCCUCGUCCGGCCUCGUCCCAUCCCAUCUUCAGGUUUAGUGUUCAAUGGCGGCCUUCAACAAGCUCGGCAGCCUUCUAAGGCACAGCGCUCUGACAAGCGGUGCCCCUGCCAGUUCGGCUCCUGCAUUGUUUAAUGCUGCUCGGCUGAUGUCCACCAAGCUUUUCGUUGGUGGUCUUUCCUGGGGUACCGAUGAUCAGACUUUGAGGCAAGCGUUUAGCACCUUUGGAGAGGUUACUGAAGCAAGGAUCAUCACAGACAGGGAGACUGGAAGGUCAAGAGGCUUUGGCUUUGUGAAUUUCAGCAACAGUGAUGAGGCCAAGGAGGCUGUGAGUAGCAUGGAUGGUCAGGAACUUGAUGGGCGGAGUGUCCGUGUGAACUUCGCUAAUGAGAGGCCGCCUGCAGGGAACCGUGGUGGUGGUGGCUAUGGUGGAGGUGGCUACAGUGGCGGCAGCGGUGGCUAUGGUGGCGGUGGCGGCUAUGGUGGCAGCGGCGGCUAUGGUGGUGGCAACCAAAGCUAUGGUUCUGGAGGAGGGGGUCAGGAUGCAUUUUAAAAAGUGCGCUGACUAUCAAAAAGAAAUAAUGGACUUUAGGACCUGAUGUGUGGCUUAUGUGAACCCUUGUUCCUGUUUACUAUUUCGUGCUCUGAAGUUGGUUAAAUGAUUACACUAGGUGCAAUUCAGGGGCUACCGAAUUUUGCCUGGUGGUGGUUUUGAAGAGUGCAAAGUUGCGUGCAUCUUCUCUCGUGAGAAGAACAGAACAAAAUUUGAGCGCAUUACUUUAGAUCCCUAUCUAUUGCAAUGUGUACAGAAGUACCAGUUGAUUAUCGAAAAAUUGGUUGCCAAUGCUAUCUAGAUUGGUUUAUGUGUUCGGUUA